AACUGAACUGUGGUUGCGAUUUGGCACAAUUUAUUUGCUGGAAGUGAAGCAAGACCAAUAAUUUUUAAUAAGUUGAUUUGUUUGAAUUUUUCGGCUUUAAAAUAUUUAAACAAGUUUCAAAUCAGGUUUAAUGGGUGACACUGACGUUGACGCGGUCGUCAUUGACAAUGGGUCUGGAAUGUGUAAGGCUGGAUUUGCUGGAGACGACGCUCCACGAGCCGUAUUUCCAACUAUUGUUGGCCGACCACGUCAUCAGGGAUCCAGUGCGGCAGAAUACGUGGGGGAUGAAGCUCAAGCGAAGAGGGGAAUGUUGACUUUAAAGUAUCCAAUUGAGCAUGGAGUUGUGACAAAUUGGGAUGAUAUGGAGACAAUAUGGAGUUACACGUUUGAAAAUGAGCUCCGCGUGGCUUCCGAUGAGCAUCCCGUCCUCCUUACCGAGGCUGCUAAGAAUCCCAAGAUCAAUCGUGAGAAGUUGACACAAAUAAUGUUUGAGACAUUUAAUUUACCAGCAAUUUACUUAUCGAAUCAAGGAGUGCUUUCUGUCUACGCGGCUGGCCGAACGAAUGGUAUUGUACUAGAUUGUGGUGACGGAGUCACACAAGCAGUCCCUGUAUACGAUGGGUAUGCAGUUACCCAUGCAAUGCAUCGAUCCGACUUUGCGGGCCGCGAUUUGACGGAUUACUUAGCGAGGAUGCUCACUGAGAAUGGAUACUCGUACUUUAGCUCAAUCGGGAAAAGAGAAAUCGCUCGAGAUCUUAAAGAACGUUUAUGUUAUAUUGCGGUUGAUUUUGAUCAGGAAACCAGAAUGUCGACAAGCUCGCUUGAGAAGCCGUACGAACUUCCAGAUGGUGAACUCAUAACCAUUGGGGAGGAAAGAUUCCGCACAUCUGAAUCGCUUUUCAAGCCUGGUUUGUUGGGACUGUCAGUUGGUGGAAUUCAAGAAAUGGUUUAUAACUCGGUGCUAAAGUGCGACCCUGAUAUCCGAAAGGAGUUGUACCAGCAUAUUAUAUUGUCUGGAGGUACGUCAAUGUUGCCCGGAUUUGCUGACCGUCUCAAGAACGAGAUCGUGGAAUUGGCACCGAAAUCUAUGAAAGUCAGGAUAAAGGCUCCAGAGGAGCGUAAAUAUUCUGCCUGGAUUGGAGGAUCAAUUCUUGGUUCGUUGGAGACUUUCAAAAACAUGUGGAUCUCGAGGGCCGAGUAUGAUGAAGCUGGGCCGGCUAUUGUAAACACAAAAUGUGCCUAAACUUGUGCAUUAUUUGGUUGUAAUUGAAAAUUUAUCACAUUACAUUUUGAUGUAACUCAUGAAAUAUAUUGAUUCAUUGAUUUAUUCAUUAAUAAAUAACUGGAUAGUAUAAUUGAAAUAAGAAAAACGAA